AUGUCGGAAGUGACACUGAUGAACGGUGUAAACUCGGCCCUGGUCGACGAACUGGUUGAAGAACACGUACAAGUACGGAAAGAGUACGGAUCGCAACCAAAGUGUACAGUGCUAGAGCGAGUUCGUCAAGCGCUGCAGCAGGUCGAUGUCGAUGAACUUUGCCAUGGCGAGCUUGCUCGAACCAGAGUUGGCGAGCGAGCUCUUCGUGUUUUCCAUAACGAGCCGAAUCUUUUGAUGGGUUUACGAAAAGCGGCUCUAGCGGAUCUGAUACAACGGGAGCAGAAACGCGAGCGUCUUGCAGCGAGCGGGGAUAUCCAGAACCCGGUGCCGUGGACGAAAGUGCUCGAGUAUUUGCGGCGCCCGACGCUGCUUGAGGAGGCGCUCGAGCUACACCCGGACGCUUUCGGCCACUUUAAGCAGAUGCUACGCUUGAUUCUGGAUGAUGCGGCGGUCGCGCGUACGCUCAGUCAGGAGAAGGAUGCGAUUGUUGAAAGCGUAACGGAGUUGUAUCGUUGUUGCACGCCGAUCCAGGUCUGCUCGCCAACGACGCUUGAUGGCGAUCAUCGAGUGAUGAAGGAAUCCCUAGGCUAUGAUUGCAUCCCACUGACACGACUUGAGGCUGUUCUCUACUAUCUGGAACGCUAUCGGGGGCGUGACUACCACCCAGACCAGGCGGCGGCGGCGGCGGCAGCAGCAGCUGGUGGUGGUGGUGGUGGUGGUGGUGACUCGACCCCGGUCCGGCGCAUCGAGGCUCCACGCAAAGCCGAGCGUGUCGCCCCCGACAGCGACGUCAUCAGCAAGGAAGAGAAGAAAGCGCUCCAGAUCUGUCACGAUGCGCUGGGAAUAUCUCAGUACUCUCUGGAAUUGCUUCGAUCUUAUGUGAAUGAUUGGUGGGAAAGACCUCCCUCUGUCCGAGAGGCCCUGCCUCAGGUAGUUCUGCUGGAGUCCACGCGAACCGCUUUGCAACCUGAACUCCAGUCCGCGAUCAAGACGUAUGCACAGGAGCGACUUGGGCUCUUGAAGCGGGUCCGCGCACUCAUCGAGCGUGGCGACUGGGCAGGGGUCGCGGAAAUUACGCCCGCACACGAUGCGGAACAUAUAUUACCCAUGCCGGGGUUACGAAUAGAAACGCCCAGGUCUCCCUGGAUUCUGAAUUUUGUGCUGCUGUACAUUCAGGCGCUACACGAGUUAUCACUUGGUGAGUAUGUUUCUCGACUUGCCUCGAUAGCCCUGAACUCGCCAAUGCUGUGGGCGAUGUUUCGGCGCCUCGUAAGAUUUCUCGUUCUUGCAGAGUACGAACGGGGCGCUGUGGCGGCCGACUCCGUACCCCGUCAGUGCCAGGUGCACGAGCGCCUUCCGCAGGACUUGUGCGUUGCCAUUGCGAGCGCCGUCUGUUCGAGGGCAUUAGGGACGAACUCCCCGCUUCGCACUCGCCUCGAAUCUGAUCUAGCCAUGCGGCACGAGUGGUUGCAAAAAAGCGCACUGCGCACCGAGGAGCCGCUUUGGCAUGAACAAUGCUUACUCAUUAGUGAAAUAGAGCAGAUUAAUGUAUUAGAAAUGCCAAUCCUCGAUGAGCGACAGCUCUCUGCCGCAAUACGCACAUCCUAUUGCUCCAGACUGGGCUGGUUGCAAGCGCGCUUAAGUUACCUCCUGAGCGAUUCCGAGGCACCAGAACCGCUUCUGGUAUCAAAUCGCCUCGAGCUGAUCCCCGACGACUCGAGAGAUCACCAGGGUGCCCUGCAUACGUCCGACUCGGAAACGAGUGCCGACAUUGACGAGGAAUUAGUUUCCGUGAUUAUGGAGUUUACUGACGUGACGCGCGCAGGAGCCAUCUUCAUUCUGCAAGAGUACAUGCGCCAGAAUCCCGGCGGACGCAUGUCCAACGCUCAGGAGAUCCUCGACCGCCUCUUUCCCUAA